GUCUGGACUGACACGGCGGGAUCUACGACGCGUUCGGAUGCAGAGAUGGCGAAUAUCGCCAACGGCAAACGGCCCGCUCGCAGAUGAGCAGCACCUCGCCAGAGCGGCACACGUCCAGCAGGAAACGAAAUGAAGCCGCGAUCACAAACGUCGUCGGAAGCGACCACGUAACGAGUGCGGAACUCUACCACAGCAGGGCUGAACAACGAUCCCACCACAUUUCGGAGAAAUCUCCAUCGACCUCAUCCCAGAAACAAUGCUCCGAAGGGCCUUUGCGGGCAAUUUCCAACACCUGCGUAGGAUUGCCAAAUACGAGCCCUCUGUUCCAACAAGGGCAAUCGUUUUUGCUGUUGUGGCGCAGCUCAAAAGCGACCCAGUCACCGCCACGACUAGAGCUGCACAACAAUAUCGCAAGUCCACUGCAUUGGGCCACUUUCUCCAAGCAGUCGUCGCUUGCGGUCACUCAUAUUCCCGGCGAAGCUGUGUGACGUACCAAAUGGGCCAGCGUGCAGCGAUAAUACCAAAUUGCCAAUCUGCCUAUUCCGCAUUCAACGUCCUCGCCACGGGACACGCUCUCGCAUUUGACUCCAAAACGAGACAACAGACAACCGACAACAUCUGCCAACAGACUGUCAUCAAUGACGAACGCAUUUCUCUCCGGCCUGAUGAGACGACAUGCCUUUCUGCAGGUACAGCUCCAGCCCAUGACUCUCAGCAGCUCCUCCCAGGUCCGACUGUUUGAUAUCCCGGCGCCGAAGCGCUUCGCUACACAUCGCUACUGAUCAAGUACAACAUGAUCCCGGAUCUUCACACAGGGCUGACAGCAACUGUAGCGACAAGCCCUCCGCCAACAGCCUGCGCGGUUGAAACGGAAACCCAAACCCGAUUUGAGUUCACCACGGAUACAUGUCACUUCGGAACACCUGACACCUGACAUUCUUGCUGCAUCAAGUGCAUUCCACGUGCAUUUGAGGCUGGAGUUCGACACCUGUCUCAGCCUCAUCGUCCGCAGACGUUCGACGAUCUAUGAUGAUCCAUCUCAACUGCAUCGUGCGUUACCGAACUUUACCUGCCUUCUGUGCUUCAUGCACGUGCGAGGUUCAAGUACACAUCGUAGCAUCAUACCGCAUGCUGGACCAGACAUGACUGCUCGAUGCCGAACAUCACACUCCGACUGCUCCUUCCACAACAAAAUACCAAGCAGUCUCUCUAAGUGAACCACACUCGACACCCUAAUUUCAACCUUGCACCUUGCAGAGAACAUGCGAACCAAUGCGACCGUUGCUUGCAGUUGCUCAAAUACUCCAUUCACUAUCCACUGCCACCAACUGCUAACGCUUUCCCCCUUCACCCACAACCUGUCCAAGCGCAAUCAACGCCACCUCCGCC